CGCCCGCGCGCCGCUGCAGACCUGCAUCCUUCCGGACCAGGACCGCUCCCCACCCGCUGUCCGCAUCCUCCGCCAGCGCCGGUCCCUGGGCAGGUGUGGGUGGAAUGUAUCCUUGGGACAUCUUUGCAUAGCCCCAUCUAGGAAGAAGCUCUGUGAUGUGUGAACUGUGAGUUUGUUCAAACAAGUCUGACUCUUUAUAAGGCACAGGUAGAUGUCAGGGCUGGGAUGGAAGAGCCAGCAGCAGUAGAAGGCCAGGGCCAGCUCCCAAGCCCCCACCAGGGUCCUCUCAGGAAAGCUGUGGCUGCUGCCCUAGCCCUGGAUGGGGAAUCCACAAUGGGGCACAGGAAAAAGAAGAGGAAAGAGUCUCGCCCAGAAUCAAUCAUCAUCUACCGCUCAGACAAUGAGAAAACAGAUGACGAACCCGGGGAAUCAGAAGGUGGAGAUCGGCCUAAGGAGGAGGAGGGAGACGAUUUCCUAGACUAUCCGGUGGAUGAUGAUAUGUGGAACCUGCCUCUGGACAGCCGCUAUGUCACCUUAACUGGGACCAUCACACGCGGGAAGAAAAAGGGUCAGAUGGUAGACAUCCAUGUCACAUUGACAGAGAAGGAGCUGCAGGAACUGAUCAAGCCUAAAGAGUCAUCAAGGGAAAUGAUGCCUGAAGGAAGAAUGGCCUGCCAGAUGGGAGCCGACCGUGGGCCCCAUGUGGUCCUCUGGACGCUGGUCUGCCUGCCUGUGGUCUUCAUCCUCUCUUUCGUUGUCUCUUUCUAUUACGGCACUAUCACCUGGUACAACAUCUUCCUCGUGUAUAAUGAGGAGAGGACCUUCUGGCACAAGAUCUCGUAUUGCCCCUGCCUCAUUCUCUUCUAUCCAGUGCUCAUCAUGGCCAUGGCUUCUUCCCUGGGCCUCUAUGCUGCUGUGGUCCAGCUCUCGUGGUCCUGGGGAGCAUGGUGGCAAGCUGCCCGGGACAUGGAGAAAGGCUUCUGUGGCUGGCUCUGCAGCAAGCUGGGUCUGGAGGACUGUUCUCCCUACAGCAUUGUGGAGCUACUUGAAUCCGACAAUAUCUCAAGCACUCUCUCCAACAAGGAUCCCAUCCAAGAAGUAGAAACCUCCACAGUCUAAACUCCCAACUUACUUCCUUCUCUGGCUCCAGUAGCCUAUAUAUAAUCUUAUAAUUCCAGCAGAUUCUUUCUUUAAAUUACCCCCACUCUCCCCAGUUCUUCUGAGAAACUGUAGUCCAUACUGAUCAGUUUUACCAUCUUGAGGGUUCCAGGAGGGCAGGGAACAGAAGAGCAAUUGCACCAAAGCAGUUCAUCCAAUGGACAAACUCUUCUUGAUUCCCUGCCCUAAAAUCACCAUGUAUCUAGGACAAGGAACUCUCCUGUAUGUCAUUUUUGGGAGCCUGAAGAUGUUACUGGUGCCUGGAACUGAGGGGAGCAUGUGACUAAAUGUGUCAGGGAGAAUAAGGAACCUCAGGGGUAACCACAUCCACCCAGAUAAUAGGGGUGGAUUGAGACAUUUAGGAAGCUGGGCUAUCACAGUGUAGCAGAAGGUAAAGAUCUGUAUGUAUCAUUUAGAUUUAGCUGCAUAGAAUUAAAACCCUAAAAUAUCAGUGGCUUAAACAA